AGACUAGGGAAUUGUGCACUUACUGUUCGUCUGUAAAAAAAUCUUUACCGAUCAUAAUCUAAUUUUAGAUACAAAAAAUAAUACAAAAGAAAAAUGACCAGUGAAAUUUCAAAUGCUGAAAUUCAAUAUAAGAAUUUUAAUUGGGAUGACGAACGAUGGAGAACAUAUUUAAAUCAUUUGUAUCCAUCACCACCGUUGAAUAAAAUUGAUCAUUAUAAACGAAAAUGGUUUCAAAACACAAUUAAUCAAACUUUAGUGAUAGACACCGUCAAUAAGAAUACAGAAACCUCUUCAAAUGUCAAUGUGUCAAACCAUCCAACGCAGUCAAAAUUUACCGGAUCUUCAUCCUUCUAUUCCUUGAUACCAUCUAUACCAUUAGUACUGGGAAUUGUCCUCACAUUAUUUUAUAUGCUACCAUUCGUCCCAAUACAAGUACUUUAUUACGCUAAAUUUUGCCAAAUUGUAGGAUUUCUCUCUCAUCUUAUUUUGCGUUUUGGAAAAUUAAAAUGGGAAAUGCAAUAUUGGCAAUCUUAUGUUACUGAUCACGCUUCUCAAGCAUUGCUCAUUACAACAUCAACUUUGUUUUUAAAAAGUUGGUUAGCUUUAAUUUCACCUUUUUUAACUUCACUUAUAAUCAUUGGCGACUAUUUACCUUACUACAUCACUUUGAUACCAACCACAUCCACCGUGUAUACUCUCUUACUUCAAGUGGCGACUCAACUCAAAAAACAGCGUUAUUCUAUUAUGCAAACGCAAGCGAAUACUGAAGUCGGUAUUGGAUUCGUCUUGUUACUAUUUGUCAUUUUCCGAGUAACGAAUAUCAUGACGUUAUUACUCUUUUUUAACGCUCUACGGUUCAAAUACCAACUGAGCCCAUUUACCCAAUCUACUUUUCAUGUCUUUAAUGAAAACAUAAUUUAUUUACUUUCUCACGCCUCCGUACCACAUAUGUUUCUUAAAACAUAUAAAAGUAUAUGUGCUUACUGCAACAAUUAUGCUACACGUUCCGGUUUUUAAUCAGAAUGAUAUCUAAUUAUUUUUUCGUAUUUUUCUUCCCUUGCAUUCGUUGUUAAUGGUAGCAGGAACAUUUCAUUUUUUCUAAUUUUGCCUAGCUCGAGCCAUGGCUUACUUGUUUUGUCGAUUGCUACCAAAUGUGUAGUGAAAUUUUCAUUUUGAGUGGAACAUUCAAAGUCAUAAACAAAGAUUAAAAUGUUACACAAAUUAAAUUUGUUUUUAUCA